UAUAUACAAGAAAAUAUACGCAACGCAGCUGCUAUUAAGUCUCUAACUUUAGCCAUUACUCUGUCUUUCCUUUCUUUCUACGCGUUUUUUUUUCUUCAAUUCUCCUUUUUCUUCACUCAAUAUCAAUAUAUAUAUUUAUAUAUCAAUUCUGGUUCAAUUGGAUUUUCCGCCAACAACAACAAAAAAAAAGAAUCGCCGGCGGCAAUCAACCGAUCAAGAUUUGAGUGAAAUUCCGAAAAGGGUGAUUAAAGGCACCAAGUUAUUGGAUCAGGAACUGGUUCGAUAAUUGUGAUGGCGCUGAGUAUUAGGAAGGCAAUUGGUGCAGUGAAAGAUCAAACUAGUAUAAGCCUAGCUAAAGUGACGAGCAAUGUUGCGCCAGACCUUGAAGUAUUGGUGGUGAAAGCAACCACUCAUGAUAAUGAUCCAGCAGAUGAGAAAUAUAUUAGGGAGAUUUUGCACUUGACCUCUAAUUAUCGAGGGUAUGUGAGUGCUUUUGUUUUUGCAGUGUCGAAGAGGUUAAGCAAAACCCAUGAUUGGGUUGUGGCGUUGAAGGCCUUAAUCCUUGUGCAUAGGCUUUUAACUGAUGGAGACCCUGUACUUGGUCACGAGAUCAUGUAUGCAAGUCGGAGAGGGAUGAGGGUUUUGAAUAUGUCUGGUUUUCGUGAUGAAGCGCACUCUAAUUCAUGGGAUCAUUCUGGAUUCGUUAGGACUUACGCCAUUUAUUUAGAUCAGAAGCUUGAGUUGACUACUUAUGAUAGGAAGUUGAAUGACGUUGAUGGUUAUGGUCAGUAUCGGUCCGAUGGACAUGGGACGGAUAGGAGAAAGAGGUUCUUUAAUGAGCCUGAUGAGUCUGCUGGAAGGGAAGAGAAAAGUGGCGUGACGCCAGUCAGAGAAAUGAAGCCUGAGAAGGUUUUAGAGAGGUUGAAUCAAUUGCUUCAGCUUCUUGAUAGGUUCUUGGCUUGUAGACCGACUGGUGCAGCCAAGAAUAGUAGGAUGGUGCUGGUGGCAUUAUAUUCUCUUGUGAAGGAGAGCUUCAAGCUUUAUGCUGAUAUUUGUGAGGUAUUACAGAUUUUGUUGGAUCGGUUUGCAGAGAUGGAGUAUGCUGAUUGUGUCAAGACUUUUGAUGCUUAUGUUAGUGCAGCAAAGAUGAUCGAUCAGCUUGUGGGCACUUACAAUUGGUGCAAGGAUAUUGGGAUUGCAAGGUCAUCCGAGUUCCCAGAAGUGCAAGUCAUCACUGAUAAGCUUUUGGGCACGCUUGAGGGCUUCUUGAGAGAGAGGGCAAAUAGGCCAAGGAGCCCUGAGAUAAAUAGAGCAGAGAGUUCAUCAGCAGUUAAAGAGGAGAAAACACCAGAUAUGAAUGAAAUUAAAGCUCUCCCACCACCCGAGAAUCACACACCUCCUCCUCCCACCCCUGCUCAACCUGUACCUCAGCCAAGGCCACAUACUCAGCAGGUAACUGAAGACUUGGUGAAUUUGAAGGAUGAUGGAGUGACAGCUGAUGGCGAGGGCAAUAAAAUGGCAUUAGCUCUGUUUUCUGGGUCUGUAGCCAAGGGGAAUGACUCCUGGGAAGCAUUCCCGUCUGAUGGAGAGACCGGACAAGUAACUUCAGCUUGGCAGACACCAGCUGCUGAGAUUGGCAAAGCUGACUGGGAGUUAGCAUUGGUAGAAACCGCCAGUAAUUUGUCAAAGCAGACGGCUGAUUUAGCAGGUGGUUUUGAUUCGCUUUUGUUGAACGGGAUGUACGAUCAGGGCACCGUGAGGCAGCACCUGAACAAUACUCAGGUGACUGGUGGGAGUGCCAGCAGUGUAGCAUUGCCUGGAGUGGGAAAGACCGCAAAGCCUAUGCUCGCGUUACCUGCCCCUGAUGGAACAGUCCAACCAGUAGGGAACCAAGAUCCAUUUGCUGCUUCCCUUGCUGUGCCACCUCCUUCUUACGUCCAAAUGGCAGAACAGGAGAGGAAACAACAUUUGUUAAUGCAGGAACAACAACUGUGGCAGCAAUACGCAAGCAAUGGGAUGCAAGGUCAAUUGGGUUUGUCCAGACUUGCAGGAACAACCCCGGGCUACUAUGGCUCUGGAAUGCAACCAUCAAUGCCUUAUGGUAUGGGACAGCCAGCAGGUUAUUACUUCACUCCCCUCUGAAUCUCGCCUCUCGUGGGACAUGUGGUGAUUUUGCUACAUUGCAGUUUUUUAUUUUUAUUUUUAUUAUACUACAAUAUUGUUGAAACUUGUUAUCAGCUCCUCCGCAACACCUCUAAGCUGUGUAUUCUGACGUUUUCGCGAAAGUGAGUUAUAAGGAUAUGGAGAUAGCCAUAAUAUGCUGUCCUAUCGACAAUCAAUUAUCAUACAAUAAGUAAUCUUUUACAUCUA